UGGGAGAAGCUGCCGGGCAGGAACACCUUCUGCUGCGAUGGCCGCAUCAUGAUGGCCCGGCAGAAGGGCAUCUUCUAUCUGACGCUGUUCCUCAUCCUCGGCACCUGCGCCCUCUUCUUCGCCUUCGAGUGCCGGUACCUGGCUGUCCAGCUGUCCCCAGCCAUCCCCGUGUUUGCAGCAGUCCUCUUCCUGUUUGCCAUGGCCACACUCCUGCGGACAAGCUUCAGUGACCCUGGGGUGAUCCCGAGGGCCCUGCCUGAUGAGGCAGCCUUCAUCGAGAUGGAGAUUGAGGCCACCAACGGGACUGUGCCACAGGGUCAGCGCCCACCCCCACGCAUCAAGAACUUCCAGAUCAACAACCAGAUCGUGAAGCUGAAGUACUGCUACACAUGUAAGAUCUUCCGUCCGCCACGAGCCUCACACUGCAGCAUCUGUGACAACUGCGUGGAGCGCUUCGACCAUCACUGUCCCUGGGUGGGCAACUGCGUGGGGAAGAGGAACUACCGCUACUUCUACCUCUUCAUCCUCUCACUCUCCCUCCUCACCAUCUACAUCUUCACCUUCAACAUCGUCUACGUAGCACUGAAAUCUCUGAAGAUUGGUUUUCUGAACACGUUGAAGGAAACCCCAGGGACUGUACUGGAGGUGCUCAUCUGUUUCUUCACGCUGUGGUCAGUGGUGGGGUUAACUGGGUUCCACACCUUCCUGGUGGCACUGAAUCAGACAACCAACGAAGAUAUUAAGGGGUCCUGGACUGGGAAGAACCGCGUGCAGAAUCCCUACAGCCAUGGUAACAUAGUGAAGAACUGCUGUGAGGUGCUUUGCGGGCCUCUGCCCCCCAGUGUCCUGGACAGAAGGGGCAUCCUGCAGCAGGAGGAGAGCACAGCUCAGGAGGGGCCGUGCCCACGAGGACCUGGCACACAGGAGCCCCUCACUGUGCAGGGCCCUGGGCAGGCUGAGGAGAGCAGUGCACAGCAGGAUGGCAGCCUUCCUCCCCACAGUGCCGUCCCUGCGCCGUGCCUGAGUGACGCUGAGAUGCUGGAGGAGAAGCAGCGAACA